AUGAAGAUGUUAUUUCUGAUCUUUUUGGUGCACAGAGUAGUUACUCUGAGCUGCCCUGCAAGUGAUGCUUUCCUUAUUCCCCAUGAGUGGUACCAGCCUGGAGACUUCACCAUUGGUGGGAUAGUGUCUCACCUCCUUUACCACUUUCUUGAAAGUAAAUUUAAAGAAAAUCCUGCCAUAACACCUUACGAGGUACCAAUUGUAAUCACCAAAUUUCAUCAACACGUCCUUGCCUUGGCCUUUGCUGUGAAGGAGAUCAAUGAGGACUCCCAGAUCUUACCUAAUGUCACUCUUGGGUUCCACAUCUAUGACAGUUACCUAAAUGCGAGGAUGACCUAUCGCACCACUCUGGACCUGCUUUUCAAAUCCCAGGAAUUUGUCCCAAACUACAAAUGUGAUAGCCAGAAGAAUCUCAUGGCUAUGAUUGGGGGAUUGGAUUUUGAAACAUCAUCUUAUAUAGGUGAAGUUAAAGGUUUCUUCAAGAUUCCGCAACUGACAUAUGGCUCAUUAGCCCAAGAUGCAUUUGAGACCAGUAAGCUCUCUUCACUUUAUUUCAUGGUCCCAAAAGAAGACCAUCAGUACAUUGGGAUUAUCCAACUGCUUCAUCAUUUCAGGUGGACAUGGAUUGGGAUUUUUGCUGUUGAUAACAACAAUGGAGAAAUUUUCUUACAGAAAAUGCAGCCCUUACUUUCUCAGAGUGGAAUCUGUUCAGCGUUCAUAGAAAGGGUUCCACAACUAAUUCAUGUGGAAGACCUACCAGGACUUUAUCAAGCAGUCUCAGUUACCUCCAUUAAUAUGAUGAAUAGCAAAGCCAAUGCAUUUCUUGUCUAUGGAGAAUCCUGGGCAAUUAUGUGGCUAACGUCUGUUACAUUUGUGGUAGAUCCUGAAAGCACGGAAACUGCAUUGUUCAGAAAUGUGUGGAUCAUGACUGCACAGAUUGAUUUCAUAUUAUCAGGAUUUCAAGUCAGUUGGGAUCUCCAGAUGUUCCAUGGGGCUCUAUCCUUCACUGUUCAUUCAACAGCAGUUGUAGGUUUCAAGGAAUUUCUUCAGACCAUCACUCCUCUCUCAGUCUCCAGAGAUGGAUUUCUGCAGGAUGUUUGGGAACAAUCAUUUGAUUGUUCAUUUCCAAAACCAGAAUUACAAGAAAGGCAGAGUAACCCAUGCACUGGACAGAAGAAGUUAGAAGAUCUUCCUUCACCUUUGUUUGAAAUGGAAAUGACUGGCCACAGCUACAGCAUCUACAAUGCUGUUUAUGCUGUGGCUCUUGCUUUACAAGCUCUGUACACAUUACGUUUCAAUAGAAAAAAAGCUAUGAUGGGUAAACAAACUGGCCAUGUAGAUCUCCAGGCUUGUCAGGUUCUUCCACUUUCUCGAUGCAAUGACCCUUGUUUCCCUGGAUCCUGGAAGAAAGGGAUUGAGGGAAAUCAGUUCUGCUGCUAUGACUGUGCUCCAUGCCCAGAAGGGAAGAUUUCAGAUAAAAAUGAGAUGGAUGACUGUUUUGAAUGUUCAGAAGAUCAUUAUCCAAAUAAGGAAAAGAAAGGAUGCAUCCUGAAACUUCUGGUCUUUCUAACUUUUAAAGAAGACUUAGGAAUUGGUUUAUCCUCAGCAACUCUUGGUUUCUUCUUCCUGACAACUUGGGUACUUGGAACUUUUAUUAAGCACAGGGAUACUCCCAUUGUCAAAGCCAACAACCGGUCCCUCACCUACACCCUGCUUGUCUCUCUUCAGCUCUGUUUUCUCUCCUCUUUAUUCUUCCUUAGCCAACCUGGCAAGGUCACCUGCCUUCUCCGACAAUCAAUGUUUGGCAUCACUUUCUCCAUGGCCAUUUCUAGUGUAAUGGCCAAAACCAUCACUGUGGUUGUUGCUUUCAUGGCCACAAAACCAGGAUCUCAAAUGAGGAGAUGGGUGGGGAAAAGAUUGGCCUUUUCUAUUGUCCUCUCAUUCCUUCUCUUACAAGUAUGCAUUUGUAUUCUUUGGUUGUCAACAUCUCCCCCAUUCCCUGAGUUGGACAUGCACUCAGAGCUCCAAGAAAUGAUUUUACAGUGCAAUGAGGGUUCAGCUUUCUUCUUCUACUGUGUCUUGGGCUACAUGGGUAUCUUGGCCAUUGCCAGCUUUAUUGUGGCUUUCCUUGCCCGUAAAUUACCCGACAGCUUUAACGAAGCCAAGUUCAUCACCUUCAGCAUGUUGGCCUUUUGCAGUGUGUGGAUCUCCUUCUUUCCAGCCUAUCUGAGCACAAAAGGCAAAGCCAUGGUAGCUGUGGAGGUCUUCUCCAUCUUGGCCUCCAGUGCUGCAUUAUUGGGAUGCAUAUUCUUGCCAAAGUGCUACAUCAUUGUUUUGCGUCCUGACCUCAACCACAGGGAACAACUCAGAAAGAGAAAUUAG